GACGGCCAGAUAAUCCCGUCGGGCCUCGUGCUCCUACUAACUUGCGAGCAGGGGCAGAGCGCGAGUCACAAUCUGCCCAAGGCGAGGGAGGGCAAGAAAAACGCGCGAGAGAAAACCGACCGUACGAAAGGGGGACACGAGCGCUCCGAUCUCACCGAGCACAAUUAGAGAAGUGUUGUUGAACGUGGGCUAUGCGCGCAACAAGGGGGGAGCGCAGUGUACAGAGGAGGUGAAUGCAUGUAGAGGCUCAGCUUCAGAUUCACAGCCUCCUUCCUUGAAGAGUCACUGCACUGACAGAGGGGAAAAAAGGAGUGAAGGGAAGAGAGGAACUCCUAGAAAACAGCAACUCUUGGAGAGAACUACGUGAGUACAGCUCCUCGGUUUUCAAAAACAAAAAGAUAGGAUAGGAGAGAAAGAAAGACAGAAAGAAAGAAAAACGGAAGAGUAGACUUUUCCUGGUCACAAUCUGCUCUGGAAGAGAAAAUGAAUGUCAGCGAAGAGAACCUGCUCAAGUCCAUCAGCAACGACGCGCUCCUCGACCUGACGCAGCGCUACGGCCAAUCAGCCUUCGGGUUUGGCGCUGGCCAUGGUGCUGGAAGUCCCGGUCGGUUCCCGCUCACACCGGCCACCGAUUUCCUCUCCGGACAGACCGCGAAGUCCAACGAGAGCGGCGGGGAGCACACGAGCGAUGACGAGGACGGUUUCGACUCGCUGGAGUCCCGGAAGAGGGGCUCGUCGUUUGGGGACGACAAGCCCGGGGGGCCCCUCGCCAAGAAGUCCAAGGAGCAGCGCUCCCUGCGGCUCAGCAUCAACGCCCGAGAGAGGAGGAGGAUGCAUGAUCUGAACGACGCGCUGGACGGCCUGCGCUCUGUUAUUCCCUACGCCCACAGCCCCUCGGUGAGAAAACUCUCCAAAAUAGCCACUCUCCUCCUGGCCAAGAACUACAUCCUCAUGCAGGCUCAGGCUCUGGAGGAGAUGAGGCGGCUGGUGGCAUAUCUGAACCAGGGACAGACCAUAACUUCACCAAUCCCCACCGCCCUGGCGCCCUUUGGACAGGCUGCCGUCUACCCGUUCUCGGGCUCUGCACUCGCCACCUGUGCCGAAAAGUGCACUACUUAUUCCGGAACACCUUCGAGUCUCUUCAAACACUGUAACGACAAGCCUUGAUUUGGUUUCAAUUCUCUUUCCUGAACUUUUACCUUUACUGCACCCAUGUCGGUCUCUCUCCCACUCUAGUUAUUUUUAAAUCAUUCUGUGGAAAAUAUAAGUUUAGUCUGAUGCAUAAUCUUAAAGUAUGGUUAAGUAAUUAUACUGCAUAUACUUCAUCCAGAUUUAACAAACGCUACAUAGGAAAUAAACAGUUUAGGCCUUCUUAUAAGAUGAAAUCUAAAAACCCUGUCACUUUGUCGCGCGUACUUUACAGACACUGCAGGUCAUGUCCAAAUUAUAAAUUUGGUUACAUUUUGACUUAAGUUAUCAGCUAUUAUUUGUAAUCUAUGCAACAUUCAACAACAACAUGAAAAGUGGAAAAGCCAAGAAAUGCGACCUGAUCUCGACUUUUAGAUUUAAUAACAGCAAUUAUGAAAGGAAGGACUUCCCUUGACUGCCUGUACUGAUGCUAUGUGGGGGAAAUGUGAUGUUGGCUGAUAUAUUUCCUGAAACGAUGUGUUGACAAGUUUGUUUUGUUAUUUUAAGUUAUUGCACAUCUCACAUGAUUGUAUUGUACAACUGUGGAAAAAAAAAAACUUGCUCCAAGCCCGGCUCUACUAAUAUAACUACAGACUAUACAUCGAAGAAGCGUUUUGGUUGUGUUGCAACAUGGAUUUCAUAUAUUGUUUAUAUGUCUUUAUAAUUAA